AUGUACGUUGGGCGAGCCCUUCAGAAGGCCAGUCUACUGACGGACCUGGAUAAGGCAAUACCCUCAACAUCAUCAUUUUUGGAUUGGAUUUUAUCACCACCAUAUGAAAAUGAGACUGGAGAACACAAUUCGACAGAUGUAUUGUGUGCGAAUUGUAUUGGUCAGAAAAAUGUGAUUGCAUGCGUUCGUUCAAGUGUUAUAGCUGUUCUGGGUCUAUCAUUCGAAUGGCUCAUUGGAUGGAAUCUUCAAAUCUCGCUCUUCCUCUCCUACACCAAAGCAAUUUGCCUCCUCAUCGUCUGCUACUUCUAUCUCGACAUUGCCUCAUCCAUGAUGCAUUGGAGUUCCACAGCUGGCAAACGUCUCUGCUUCGUGGCCCUGUUCCUCAUGUUCUCCUAUUUCACCGCUUUCCUAAUCAUGGGAUAUGUUCUAUCUUCCAUAGAACCUCGAUUAGAUUGUAGAGCACCGUAUUGGAUAUGGUUCUCCACUGGACAGUUUCUCAUUGUUCAAUUCACACUGGUCUCGUUUUUAAUGAUCUUCCAACGGAUGAAUCGAAUUUCGGCGCCAAUUCAAAUGAGAUCAGCUCAAAAGAGAGAUCUUCAUGUGCUGAUGUGGGCAUUCCAAACUGCCACUUUUGUAGAUCUAGCAUAUCAUAUUUCCAUGUUUAUGCUGGCUGAUGAGAGAACGGCUAAUAUCUGGGCAAUUCUCUACGUCUUCCGAUCCAGAACAAAGCCAAGAUCAGACACAGACGAUGAUUCUGUGGAGUCCUCCACUGUCAACUCCUGGUCUUCCAGUCAUUCCAGAAACAAUGUUCGAAUCGCUGACGUCAUCACUGUAAGAAACUGGAGACGUCGGUAUCGUCCGCUUACACAGCCUUCUGCUUCCGAAAGGCCCGUUCUUCAUUCUCAUGGAGACAGAAUCGAGCGAUGA